AUGGACUUCCUGCGCGACGUCGCGAACACCGUGGAGCGCGCCGUCACCGGCGCGUCCCCGCGCGCGCUCGAUCUCCCGCAAUGCGACGUCGCGUUCGUCUCAGAGACCAUCGCCGAGUACGGGCGAAUCUUGGCGCGCUCGAAAGACGUCGUAGUUCGCGACGCCGACCGCGCGACCGACGCCGAGGUGCGGCGCGCGCGAUUCAACAUGGUGUGGGCGCUGUGCCACAGCGGCGUCGAGGAUCAGCUGAGACGAGGGACGCAAAUGCUCGAGCGCGGCGCGAGCAACGGGGCGAACGCGGAGACGACGCUCGAGGCGAGGUGGCGAGUCGAAUUCGGCGACGCGAUGGAGGUCAGAGAUGGGCAUUACUUGCGAAGCGUGGCGUAUUACGGGAUGAGGGAUUACGAGCGCGCGCGCGAAGCGGCGUUUGCGGCGCUGAAGUGUGACCCAGAAUGUCGACAGGCGGCGGCGUUGCGCGAGGCCAGCGAAGAAGCGUUGGCGAGGGACGGAUUGGUCGGCGCGGGGGCGAUCGCGGCGGCGGGACUGGCGAUCUUAGGAGCGACGGCGGCGAUCGCGGCCAACAGCGCGGGGGGGAGUCGACGAUGA